ACACAAAAAAAUAUAUAACACAAAGAAAUAGAAGAAGGAAAAAAUGUCCCCCUCCUUUCUUUUCUUUACUUUGUUUUUGAUAAAGGAAAUGUCCUCUUCAUCAUCAGCAAACUCCUUUGAGGACGGCAAAUACAAAACAGAUCUUUUAACAGUAGGCUUAUCAUCUUGCUGCUGGAAAAAGCCCUCCUCUUCUCCGACUCCGCAGUCUCCGCCGAAGAGGCUUUUGGUGGCAACGCCGGUGGAGGAAGGAGAAUAUCCGGUGGUGAUGCUCCUCCAUGGUUACCUUCUCUACAACUCAUUUUAUUCCCAGCUUAUGUUGCAUGUCUCUUCCCAUGGCUUCAUUGUCAUCGCUCCGCAGUUAUAUAGCAUUGCCGGACCAGACACCAUGGAUGAGAUAAAAUCAACUGCAGAGAUUAUUGAUUGGUUAUCGGUCGGACUAAACCACUCUCUUCCACCACAAGUAACACCAAACCUAUCCAAGUUCGCACUCUCCGGCCAUAGCCGUGGUGGGAAGACCGCAUUUGCCUUGGCCUUAAAGAAAUUUGGAUACUCGUCCGACCUAAAGAUCUCGGCAUUGAUAGGUAUAGAUCCGGUCGAUGGGAUGGGGAAAGGGAAACAAACCCCUCCUCCGGUUUUAACCUAUGAACCAAACUCAUUUGACCUAGACAAAAUGCCUGUUCUAGUGAUCGGUUCGGGACUUGGUGAAAUUAGCCCGAACCUGUUAUUUCCUCCGUGCGCGCCUCCCGGAGUGAACCACCGAGAUUUCUACCGGGAAUGUCAAGGUCCAGCGUGGCAUUUUGUCGCAAAGGAUUACGGGCAUUUAGACAUGCUUGAUGAUGAUACAGAAGGGAUUAGAGGCAAGAUUUCUCACUAUUUGUGUAAGAAUGGUGAAGAGAGAAGACCAAUGAGGAGAUUUGUAGGUGGAAGUAUUGUGGCGUUUUUGAUCGCUUAUUUGGAAGGAGAUGAUAGUGAAUUGGUUAAGAUCAAAGAUAAGUCUCACGAGGGUGUUCCUGUCGAAAUUCAGGAGUUCGAGUUUAAAAACUAGUUUUUUUUUCGUUUUUUGAAACACUCUUUAGUGCUUGUAUUUCCUAUAUAUUCUAGACAGGCGCUUGUGUUGCUUAUGAUU